AACCCAAAAAAAGACGUGAUCAGUGAAUCAGCCAAGCUAGAAACAGAAUCUUUGUCCAUAGAGAAAACAGAUGGCUCGGAAAGCACUGACAACCAAUAUGAAGAACGAUACAUUACCAAUAUUGAUUCCAACUUGCCCGUCCGCCCCUCGACCUUGGGCAUCCCUUCAACCACUAGCCUUCUUUCGCCCACUGACCUCACCGCCCCUCCUUAUCCUCUCACAUUCCCUGACUCCAGCACCCUUACCACUGACCUUUCUACAAUAACAAAACCUCCUUCCUCUACUGUUCAACCCACUACGGGCGACCUUGUAUAUUCAACGAAUCACUCGCCAUCGUAUGAUAACAAGAAGCGCGAUUCAUUAGCUCAUGAAGCAGGACGGAUCAAACCGAAGCCGAAGACCAGCGGUAAAAUAUCUCAACAAAGCGACUCUGACCAAAGCAUUGACCUGAAGCAACACAUAGCGUCCCUGAAUAAAGUUUCUUCCAAGUUAAUGAACAAAGUCAAAGACCGACGCUCUGAGCAACCCGACUACAGGGCUUCUCUGUCAGCUACCCUGAAGGUCGCCCUCACACAGGCUAUGACGCCAUCGGAUGCUGAGGUCAAAAGGCCCGGACUCAAAAAGGGGAAGAGUAAAGUCGAGCAAAAACAACGGCGACCGAAGACUAAGAAACAGAGUCCUCAGAGCGAGACUUCCUCUGCCGUAGUUUCUUCAGAACCUCGGAAUGAAUGUUCCUCUUCCGCAAUAUUUUCUCCCGAACCACCUGACGUCACUAACGAUGAAAUAUCCCAAGAAAUCGGUGGAAUGGCACCACCGCUUGACUCCACGACUGGGUAUGAGCUGGACAUGUCUCCAAGUUCUGAGGAGUCUGGAGCGCUGGAGUCUUUCUCCUCGGAUGAACUCGAGUUACCAUCUACUCCUCCAGAGUCGCUAACCCAAACGCCAACAUGGGAAAUCCCUGUUGUAGUAGAUAAGAAAACUUCUAAGGCCUUACCUGUCGAUUCUACAAUACCUCAUGCAGCGGCUGCGAAAACAAGGUCAGCUAAACUAUCCAAGAGGGACAAACCCGAAAUCGUUUGGGGAUAA